CACAACAUACAUAACUUAUUCAAUUAAAAUUUAAGUGUUGAGUUUAAUCCACAAUGUAUUGUUUAGAAUUUAUUGUGUUCAUAUUGGGAUUAUGGUGGGGAAAUUCACAAGUGAUAUUGUCUCUUCGCACGUUGCAUGAAUCAGCCCUUAUCGACAUGCAUGAGCAAUGGAUGGCUCAGUAUGAACGUACCUACACCGACGACAUCGAAAAGAAGAGACGUUUCGAAAUCUUCAAGAACAACCUCAACUUUAUCGAAAACUUUAACCAACAACCCAAUCGAACAUACAAGGUCGGUAUCAACAAAUUUACAGAUUUGAGUGAAGAUGAAUUCCAAAGGCACUUCACUGGUUUGAAGAUGCCUUUGGUCUCUUCGAGUUCUUCUACCGGUUUCAGGUAUGAAAACUUGAUGGUAGAAGAUAUCUCAGAUAACGUUGAUUGGCGAAAUGAAGGUGCUGUGACUGAUGUUAAGAAUCAAAAUCAAUGUGGAUGUUGUUGGGCGUUUUCUGCAGUGGCAGCAGUGGAAGGAAUUACACAGAUCAAAACUGGGAAUUUAGUGUCACUAUCAGAACAACAACUAGUUGAUUGCGUAAGUAAAAACGAAGGUUGCGGGGGUGGAUGGAUGGAGUAUGCAUUCGAAUACAUAAUUCAAAACCAAGGCAUAACCACUGAAACAAACUACCCUUAUCAAAGCAAUGAGGGAUCUUGUUACACAGGAAUAACUUCCUAUGCACAGAUCACUGGCUAUGAAACUGUACCUAAAAACAAUGAAGAUGCUUUGUUGAAAGCUGUUUCUAUGCAGCCUGUGUCUGUUGCGUUUCAAGAUACUCAGAGUUUUAGAUUUUAUGACCCAUCUUCUGGUAUCUACACAGGCGAUGACUGUGAUAAUAGCCCAAUUAUUAAUCAUGCUAUUACAAUUGUGGGAUAUGGGGAAGAAGAUGGAAUCAAGUAUUGGUUGGCUAAGAAUUCUUGGGGAUCAACUUGGGGUGAUAAUGGCUAUGUUAAGAUCUUGAGAGGUGGUCAGUCACCUCAAGGUGUUUGUCAGAUCAACAACUAUGCAUCCUAUCCAAUAAUUGCUUAACUAUAUAUUUAUAUAUAGAAUAUGAUCAAGUAUAUUUUCACAAUAUGGAAUUUUAUUAGUAGUACUAAGUUUAUCUUUUUGUGUUUUUUACUAGUGGUGUUGUGGACAUUGUCUCACGUAGAAUAAAUGGUAGAGAAUUGAGCCAUAUAUAAGAACAUGUGCUACUCCACUCAUUGCCAAUUAGUUUUGAGAUGGAAUCCCAUGAUUCUUAACAAGUGGAAUAUCAUGAAUGUACUACGUUGUAAUAUUUGCAAUAUUUUGUAUUAUUAAUAGAGUUAAAUUUUUUAAA